AUGGUCAGGCUUGUGCGAGGGCCGGCCCGUCAACCUCUCGGCCCCCCGGUCACUUCCCAAGCCCGGCCCGGCCUUAGAAGGGCUUCAAGCGAAAAUGGCCGGCCCAAAAAAAGCUCAAAUUUCUUUCAUUUUGAACUUUCGCGAGAAACUAUGACUUAACAAGUAAAAAAAUAAUAUUUCGGCGAAAUUUUUAAAAAUGAAAUUCAAGAUUUUUUUUUCAAAGCCCGGCCUGGCCCGAGCCUGCGCAGGCUUUUUCAAAAAAUUGAGGUCCAAAGCCCGGCCUGACGCACAAGCCUGCUUAGGGCAUUUUCAUCGGACAAAACGAAAAUUGCUUCGAAACGCAAGAAAAUUGCUCCAAAACAUUGUUUUAGAGCAACUUUGGCGCCGAUGAGCCCGAUUUUUCGUUUUGCAGCAUGUUCCGUUUCUCCGAUGAUCACGCCAUAAAAAAUUACACUUCACCCAAUAUAUAUUGGUAACUUCACCCUGGACUAGUCCACAAUAUUGGGUGAAGUUUGACUAUAGUUCGACUAUAUCGCAGCAAGAGUAACGCGUUAACGCUAUACCGCGGGGGAGCCGCGAGUAAUAUCGCUUGCCUCUCGCUGCGACCUUGCAACGUCUUGCGCUAUAUCGCUCUGAAAAAUUCUCAUAUCAUCAAUUCUAAGUUGUCUCUCCUAACGGGUAUUCUGAAUUUCGCAGCAUCAUUUUGAACACCGCAUAAAACCUGAAAAAAGUUACUUGUUGAAGGUUUCGUUCAGCACUUGGCCGAUGUCGGGAUACCACGCAACUUUGGCAAGCAAUAUUUUAAAAUGGAAGGUUGGUCAAACAAAACGUUUCAAAUUCUCUGUUUGACUCGAUUUCAGAACUAAUAGACGAACUCAAUCUCGGAAAGCGGUCUGCCUUAGAACUUUCCGGUCAGUUCAAGCCGGCUAAAAAAGUCAGUUCAUUUUUCGUUGUUCGAAAAAUUUCUAAACAGUUUUCAUUAUGCUAUAUUCAAAGUAGUUUUGGCAAUUUCAAAAUUGACGCGUUAUUCGUUUAAAAUGAUUUUGGAAAUAGGCAAGAUGGGUUCCAGGAAGGUGCAGAAAAAAUUAGUACCAUAACGAUAUAUCGUUAAAUAUGUGUUUUUAAGGUGAGUCUAACGGCGAAUUUGGUUUUUUUUGUAGAAAUUGCCCACUCUUGCUGCUCGUCCACAAUAUUGUGUGUGUUCCGUUUCUCCGAUCUCAGGCUCGCGCGGAGGUACGGAUUGUUUUUUCGUAUUUUUCUCUGAAAAACGGCUUUGAAAUAUAUUUUUUAAAUUUUUUAAUGCUACCUAGUGCCCCUGCUGCGUUUCAAAAAUUUUCAAAGCACUUUCGAACACAUUGCCAUGGGAAAUUUUUGUAUUUCAAAUGUUUGUGCGUUCUAAUUGUUAAAUAGUCUGUGUGCCACGACUUGGAAUUUCACCGUACGACAUUCCGCUCUUCCGCUGCGUCUUUGCGAGCCUCGGUCUCGCUUUAAAUUGGUUCUCAUUUCUGAUAGAUGGACUGUUCCACUAGGAACACGUGAUGGUUGAGCUUUUAAAUAAAAUGAAAACUUAAAAAGCGGCCGACCACGCAGCGGAACAGUGGAAUGUCGUUCGGGGAAAUUCCAAGGCGUGGUAUACAGACUAUAAAUUAGAGCAAAGCAAAGAUAAGAGAUAAAAAAAGACAAGAGAAAUAUCAAAUUUAUAAUUUUUUUUAAAUUUAGUUAUAAAGAUAAAAAAAUAGAAAAAGACACCCUACGCGUGCGCGCUCGCUCACUUUUGGCAAGAGACCCGCGCCGUCAGUGCCUGAAAUGAACACGCCACAGACAUGCACUGAAAACAAAUUUUCGACUCAUUAAAGGCGCAUUCUGAGGUGAAAAACUUUUCCUGUUCCGUGCAAGACCUGUGGUUUUAAUUAAAUAAUACGUUUGUGAUGCCAUGCUCACCAGAGUGAUUCCGCGAAUAAGUCGUAGAGAAAGAAAAAUAUAACUAAAUUUUGGAGAAUCAGAGACCAUUUAGCAUUUUCUGGAAAUUACUCUUACACGGCAUUCGGUUCAGAUGAUCACUAUGGAUAA